UCAAUACUUUGGAUAAAUUAAAAGGAAACAAAAUAAUAGUUUAGAAGCCCUGAUCCUUAGUUUAAAGAUAAAUGAUCUUAUUUCAACUUUCAAUUCCUUUUUUCUAAAACCAUAAUUUUCAGACAAAUCGCUUGAUUUCAAGAAAUUCAAAACAACUAGAAAUUUUUUGCUCGUAAAAAAAAUGUGAAUUUUUAAAAAUCAAAUCUGGUCCAAAUGAUUUCUAAAAAUUCAAAAUUUCACCAAGUUGACCCAGAAAGCUGAAAUUUGGUCCUGCUUUCAACUUCAAUUCUCUGAAUGAAAUGGAAAUGGUUUCCGAGUCGUUUUGAGCAGUUCUGAAGCCUCCAGCAAUCAAAUUAGGCGAUAUUUGGGCUAACAGAAUGAGCAGUAUGAAAACACAUCAUCAUUUUGAUCAUAGCAUCGAUUCAAGGGCAAUUAAUGGGACACCCUGUAUACGCAAUAUGCAUUCCACAAUUCCAUUUAUGCAAAAAAGAUAUGCACGACUAAACGAAAUACCUAUCGCUCGUCGUCAGGCUGCUUUGGAAACACAGUCACGAGACAACAUUAACCAUAUCGAAUAAAAAUCUAUAAUGAGAUACUAAAUUAAACUUAUAUUGACUAUUCCGCAGCACUUGAAAUCGACGAAAGGCUCAUUCGAAUAGAAAAAAAAGACGAAGAAAAGAAGAAGAAAAAACGUCUCAUCUGAAAAGAAAAUGACUACGCCGACGAAAUACCGCCGGCAUCCGCGAGAAAAAGAAACGGCGAAAAAUCACUCGAAAAGUAUAAUGGUAGUAGAACGAGAUAUUGUAAGAAAACUGAUUAUACCUCGAGACAAGAAUCGGAAACUAACCACGCUCUUAUCUGAAUCUCAAUUCAACCGAAUUAAAAAGAAUUCACGUCUUUUUACAGACUCGCCUAUCCCCGAAGACGCUUCUGUCGAAACGUUGAUCGAACAAGAACAAAACAAAAUCGACUCGUUAACACGACAACUCGAGAAUCUGAAAAAAGACACCAUUAAUAACGAGUCGGAGAACGAAGAAGAGCAGCGUGAAAAACAGCUCGUAUUAGCUCGAACCGAGCAACUAAAACAAGAGCAGGAAGAUGAAAUGAAACAAUACAAUUCUUUAUUAUUAAGCAUUAAAUGUAAAGCGAUACAAGACGCUCAAGUGGCUGAGAAAGAACUUAUAAAACAGCAAUUAAAAUCUCACGAUGAGGCUGAAGAUGCCAAAAUGGAAAACGACAGGAAAUUGGCCGAGGAAGCUACGAGAAGGAAACGGGAAGAAGAGUAUGCCAAGAAACAACAGUAUGCUCAAUUUAUAUUGGAACAGAUUGAACAAAAUGAAAAGAAAAGGUUUCAAGAGAUGCAGAUGAUUAAAAAGGAAUCUAAAUUAAUGAAAAUUAAAUCGAAACAAUUGAAAGACGAAGAGAGCCAAACAUCCGAACAGAAAGCCACGCUAAAUUUAGAAUUGAAAAAACAAAACCAACUAUUUAACGAACAAAUCAAACGGAACAAAGAGCAACAAAGAGAACAAGAAAAGCUCGAAAGCUUAAAGAUUCAAGAAUACCUAAAAUCUAAAAUCCAGCAAGAGAAAGAAUACGAGACGCAUCGCAAAACCAAAAGCCAACUACAACAAAGGGAACUAGCUCGUUUAUGGAAGUUACAAAAAACAUCGCAAUCCUUGGCUCAAACCAAAGACGAAAUUAUCACCGAACGUAUCCAAGAAGACAUUCAAAGAAAAUGGCGUCAAAAAGAAAUUGAAACUGUGAGAAAGAAAUUACAACAGAAUGAAGAAGAACGCGAUAUACGUCAACGGCAAAUUUCCGAAAAGAGAAAAUAUCAAACCAUUGAAGCUCUGCAGAAAGAAGAAGAAGCUAAGAAAAUUAAUAAUGAAAAUUCCAAAUUGCAACAAGAGCUACAACUUUCGAAAAUUAAACACGAAGAAACAAUCCAAAAACACAAAGCAGCCUUACUCGAGCAAAUAACCGAAAAAGAACGAAGAAAAAAAUACCAACGAGAAGAAAAAUUACAAGAAGGACGAGAACUUCAGAAUAGGUUGCAAAAACGAGACGAAAUAAUCAAGCAGGCUAUUGAGAAAAAAAUUGAACAAAUAAGAUCGUCGGAUAUACCGGAAGAAUACGUAAAGAAACUCGCGAAACAUAUGAAAAUCGACGGAGACAAUCUUUCACGUCUGGAAACACAAACAUGAAAGGCACCUGCACAUUAGAAGACUGCAUUUUUCCAAAAUUUUUUAUUUAUCAAACGAUGGAGAACAAAAUAAAUAUACAUUAAAACUGCAUACGAUGAGGGUAUUGAUUAUUCUUUAGACCGAACAUAGCUGAUAGAUAAGCGAGCAAUGUUUUCUUGUCGGGAUGUUUCUUGAUAAUAUCUAAAACUUGUUGGUCUACGGUCUUUUGGAAUUCUUUUCUUUCGGCGUUAGGCUGGUACGACUGUGAAAAAACAA